AUGCCACGAAGAACUUCAAUUCAGCAAAGAUCCAUUCCAACUCAGCAGCUUGUCGAACCUGGACCCGACGUCAGCAGCUUAAGACGGCCUGGCGAACGUGUAACAAGCGUUUGUAUGUUUAUGGGUGUUUUGGCAAUCGGCGUAAUUCUGCAUGUGCGUGCAUUUCCGCCGUAUGAAACAUGGGAAGGAAAGUUGGCCUUUAGCCCGGUGGUGAGUUCGGCGUCAAAUUUGAUUGGAUCUAUUAUGGUGGCAUAUUUGUAUGGUGUGCCGUAUACACCGCUUACGAUAGGUUGGGUGGGUUUGGUUGUAAAUGUGUGUGUAUCUCGGAAAUCGGCGGGACUUUACGAUUGGCUUCAAAAAACCGUCGCAUUUAUUAGUAUAUUCUAUGUUGGGAUUAAAUAUCUUUCCGUAAACAGUGAUUUGAUUACGUGGCGCGAGGUGAAAAUUUUUGUUGGCAUUUUCGCAGGUUUUUCUUUGUUAUUUUUAAUUUGGGUUGUCGGCUAUACGGAGGUGACGCACGAAGGAAAGUUCAACUGGACUACAAUUUUGUGA